AUGAACUUCUUACGAAGGAGGAAAAACAGCGAGGACGACGAUGACGAUCUUCAAGACAUAGAGACCUCGCAGGUCCACAAACUGAGAAAACCCCCUAACACGGCGUUCCGACAACAGAGAUUGAAAGCAUGGCAGCCGAUCCUCACUCCGAAAACAGUGAUUCCGUUUUUGUUCUUGCUAGCGAUCAUAUUUGCUCCCUUGGGUAUUGCCAUUAUCUACUCCACCUAUAAUGUCCAGAAACUCGAGAUCAACUACUCCAAAUGUGGUGACGAUGCACUGAACUCCUUCUCGUCGAUCCCAGGUAAGUACACAGGGUACCACUUCCAGGGAACAAGCGAUGGGCCUGACUUUAAAUGGAAGUUGGAGACCGGCACGGACGCCCAGGGCGACGAUACGCAAACAUGUGUUGUUCAAUUCAACUUGCCCAAAGAUUUGGACCCUCCCAUCUACCUUUUCUACAAGCUCACCAACUUCUACCAGAACCACCGUAAGUACGUGGAGUCGUACGACACGGCGCAGUUGCGUGGUGAAGCCGUGCUGGCAGGCGACUUGAACGGCAAGUGUGAUCCGUUGAAGCUGAAGACGGUGGAUGGUAACGAGAAGGCUGUGUACCCUUGUGGCCUUAUAGCCAACUCCAUGUUCAACGACACGUUCUCGAGCCCCGUGUUGCUCAACUCUAGAAGUGGAACCGAUAACGAAACCUACGUCUUGUCCGAAACGGGCAUCACAUGGCAGUCAGACAAGGACCACCGUUACAAGAAGACCAAGUACGACCACAACGACAUUGUUCCUCCGCCAAACUGGGCCAAGAGGUUCCCUGACGGCUACAACGAGUCCAACGUGCCAGACUUGCACGAGUGGGAGCACUUCCAGAACUGGAUGCGUACAGCUGGUUUGCCUGAGUUCAUGAAGUUGUAUGGCAAGAACACGUCCGAGACGUUCUCCUCGGGCACAUACGAAAUGAGAAUCGGCUUGAACUACCCGGUCUCGCUCUUCGGAGGCUCCAAGUCGCUCAUCCUCACAACCAGCUCGGUGCUCGGAGGUCGUAAUUUGAGUCUUGGAAUCAUCUACAUCAUCGUCGCUGUGAUCUCCUUGGUUUGCGCCAUUGCAUUCUUCUUCCAGCACUUGAUCAAACCAAGGAAGGUUGGCGACCACAACUUCUUGCAGCAAGACGGUGCUUUCCGUGAAGGCCCCCCUACUUCCUACAGGGAGCAGUUAUAG